UUUUGGGGAACCCUAGCUCGUCCGGGCUCCCUCCUCGAGUCCUCGUCAACGAAAUUUCCAAGCGACUAAAAACGAGAUCUGAGGAAGAAAAAAUUAGAGAGGAAAAAAUCAGCAUUUUAUCCAUCUGGGGAAGCACGUUCUGAGAGAAAUCCGAAGGCGCCGCAAACAAAAAUAUGGAUUCGAUCAGAGGGUUCCGAUCUUGUUAGCUACCUAAAGAAGAAGAGAAGGAUCCGGGACGAAGAGUGAAAAAUGACGAGAAUGGAGUGGAGGAGGAGUUCCGAACCCUAGCUGCCAGAGAUUUUGAGACACAGCUUUUCAGCGGAUCUGAAGAGCUGAAUUACCGGAAAUUAUGAAAGAUCAGAGAGCCCGGCUGCUGCAAUUGGGAGCGUGAGAGCUCUGAAGAUCUGAGGAAAAGCUGAAAAUCAUUUAGCAACUUGACUUGAGCAUUUAGAGGUUCCAGUGGUAUCUUGGACUUUUGGACAUGUAAUGAAGAUAGUCCCGUCUGUUUCUGGACUGAUUGCUAAUAGGAUUUGGAAAACUAAGGUGUUGGAAAGUCAAUUUAUCUGAAGCCACUUUCCAAAGUGAAGAAAAUAAGAUUCCUACUAGCAAAUGCCGAACAUGAACCGGAUGAGAUUCCCAAAGAGAUACUUGAUUGUCAUUUUAACCUUCAUUAGCACAUGUGUUUGUUAUAUAGAGCGUGUGGGUUUCUCCAUAGCAUAUACUGUUGCAGCUGACGCUGCUGGAGUUAAUCAGUCAAGCAAAGGCACAAUACUUUCUACAUUCUAUUAUGGUUAUGCUUGCUCUCAGGUGCCUGGAGGAUGGGCAGCUCAAAAAAUAGGAGGAAGAAAGGUUCUUCUUCUCUCAUUUGUAUUAUGGUCAUCAACAUGCUUUUUACUGCCGCUAGAUCCUAACAGAGUCACAAUCUUAGUGGCGGCUCGCUUGCUUGUUGGUGUGGCACAAGGGUUUAUCUUUCCUUCUAUCCACACAGUCCUGGCACAGUGGGUUCCACCUCAUGAGAGAUCGAGAUCUGUCUCACUUACAACUUCAGGAAUGUAUCUUGGUGCAGCUAUGGGAAUGCUUUUCCUACCUAGCCUAGUGAAGUUCAAAGGUCCACAAUCUGUGUUUCUUGCAGAAGCUGCAUUAGGUGUCAUGUGGUCUUUGCUUUGGUUUGAAUAUGCUAGUGACCCUCCUCGAUCUGACCAUCCAAAAGCCACUGCAGCUGGUUUUGGGGAAUAUUUGUUGCCAAUAAAUGCAAGUCAGAAACAAAAGCUGGAGAAUGGAGGAACUGCAGGAAGAACUACCAAAAUCCCAUGGAAGAGAAUUUUCAUCAGCUUGCCAGUUUGGGCAAUUGUGGUAAAUAAUUUCACAUUCCAUUAUGCUCUCUAUGUGUUGAUGAACUGGUUGCCAACAUAUUUUGAGCAGGGCCUUCAACUCAGUCUUCAGGAAAUGGGUUCUUCAAAGAUGAUGCCUUAUCUAAACAUGUUCAUAUUUUCAAAUAUUGGUGGUGUGGUUGCCGAUCACUUCAUCACCAAAAGGAUACUCUCUGUGACUAAAACUAGAAAAUUCUUGAACACCAUAGGAUUCUUUGUUGCUUCUCUUGCAUUGAUGACACUUCCCAUGUUCAGGACUUCCAGUGGGGCAAUCUUCUGUUCUUCAGUGGCUCUUGGUUUCCUGGCACUUGGGAGAGCUGGAUUUGCAGUGAAUCAUAUGGAUAUUGCCCCGAGAUAUGCAGGUAUUGUUAUGGGCGUAUCUAAUACAGCAGGUACCCUUGCUGGCAUUAUUGGGGUUGAUUUGACCGGCAAGCUUCUUGAAACUGCUAAAACUACUUAUUCAGAUCUUUCAAGUCCAGAAAGCUGGAAUGCAGUGUUUUUCAUACCGGGGUUGCUGUGCAUACUUAGUUCUGUCAUAUUCUUGCUAUUCUCUACGGGAGAGAGGAUUUUUGACUGAAGUUGGCUUUUUGCACUGGUGCUUUUAUUUAUUAUUUGAUCAAGCAAGUCUGUUAUGGUAAUCUCUGACUCUCAUUCAUGGUAUAAACAAUUCCUGGGAAGAGAAGGAUGUGUAUCAUAAUUGAAGAAGGUAUCCAAAGUGAUCCACUGAGUGGUAGCUACAAGAAAUCAAUUUUUUUUUAUCAUAGAUGUAAAUUAUCCGUAGCUCUUACCAUGAUGGAACCCAGGUUUAUUGAUUUGUGCAUUGGACCACGGUACAUGUUGUGGCGUAAAUACUUGUGUUCAAUUUGCUAGUUCAAGAGCAAAAUUCUUUCCUUCUAAGAGAUCUCAAAGAAAUAGCAAUUUGUUUUAUGUGCCACUGUUCGGUGGUUUGGCUAAUUGCGCUUCAGUCUAUUGGUUUGGGGUCCUUGGUUUUAUAAAAUUAUUAUUAAUUU